AUGGACAUUGUCAGUUUGGUUCACCAUUAUGGAGCACGUGCACAUACUGAGUUGAACUCCCCGUUUCUGCCUCCACGCGAGUCAUUUUCCGCUCUCCGCAAGCCGGACAAUCCACGGGUGCUGGUGUUUUCUGCAGGGCAUACAGCGGAGUCGGAGUAUUAUAGCCGCUCGGGUGUUGAGAGCCUGCAUAAAAGGUCUGCUGGGGCUGAUGCGGUUGGAUUUCGGGCGUUUGUCCCGCGGGAGGUUGCGUAUAUGCAGGCACCUCUCUGGAGGAGGAAAGCUCGUGGGUUUCGGCCGGUUGUUCCUCGUAGGCAGGGACUGCUGCUGUCAACUGGCCGUUGGGCUCCCGGGGCGAGGCUGAGAUUGCGCCUAACUAGGCAAACAUCGUCUGGGGAAAGGCUCUCCCGCAAAUGGUCCAAGGCAGUGCUUCUUGAUCUGCAGUGUACAAGUAGCCUUGUGGCAGGGAAACGUAAAAUACGAGGGGCGCUGCCACAGCCAAGAUUGUACCAAAAAGAAAGCUGCACCCACGACGUGACAGUGAAUGAGACACAGGCCAGGACAGUCGAAAGCUCCUGCCAUUACUCAUCGGAACCUGAUGGAUUAGCUGCUUUAAACACCGUGGCCGAUGACCAGCGAGUUGACUCCGAUGAGACGCAUUUCCAUCCCUUGAAGGCGACGCUUUACCCGUCCGUUGACGAUACUUUGGCGAAGCUCACUCGGAUUGAUCUGCCGGCCCCGGCCACAGAAGAUGUCAUGGCAUCCGGCCAGCAGCUGGAGCAAUCUCGCGUCCCUGGUCGGGGCCGGCAUUUUUUAUAUGGGUUGUUGGCGGCUCUUAUCUACGGCCAAGUCUACGCGCUCCGCGUCUGGUUUGCUGUUGGGAUACCCUCAGAAAAAGCUCGCAAGGCUCAGUUUACCUCCAGAGCUGAAGGUGUACGGGCCGUCUGUACGCUUUAUGGUUUCCCUGGUCUAAUAGUAAACUAG